UACUAUGCUAUAUUGUUAAAGUGGGUCAAUACGUUCACUAAUGUUCGACAAAUUGGGAAAUUAAACAUCGUGUCAUUAUGUGCUACUAAACAUAGUUUCAAAAUACUUUAAAAUGAUGGCAAACAACCAGCACAACUCCAAGUUUAGAAAUAAAGCGUGCUAGCUAGCUAGCUAGGUUAAUCAUCACUGUCACCGGUGGCAAAGUUACAGUUCGAUACCAUUAGCUAGGUAGUCGAGAAACUUAAGACAAGCUGACCUUCGCAGGUUGCUGUACACCUGGUUAAGUUAGUUAUGAGCAAUGAUAACUAGUCAUCUCGUCCGGUUCUCCUUUUCCUCGUUUUCCUGUAUAUAACGUGAAGUUAGCUAAAGGCUAACGAUUCAAACAUAAUGGAGGACGUUGCAAGUUACUUAGAGUUCUGCAGCAUGUGAGGUGACCCACUGGCAUGUGGCAGCACACGGCGGAGGAAGACUCCCCCACCCUGCGGCCCCGCCGCAUCCAGAACCAGAAUGUGGUCCACCGGCUGGAGCAGCGCCGGAUCAGCUCGGGGCCGCCGGGGGCCCACUGGUACCGUGUGCGCUGCUUCCACCAGAACCUCUUCCCCAACUUCACAGUUGUCAAUGUUGAAAAGCCACCCUGCUUCCUGCGGAAGUUCUCGCCUGAUGGUCGCUGGUUCAUCGCCUUCUCUUCUGAUCAGACGUCACUGGAGAUAUACGAGUACCAGGGGUGCCAGGCGGCCCAGGAUCUGCUCCAGGGGCAGGAGGGCGAGACGCUGGCCAACGGCAACGACCAGGCCUCUCUGGGCAUCCGCGGGCGACUCUUCGAGCGCUUCUUCUGCCUCAUGCACGUCACCAACGUGGCGUCCAACGGCGAGCACCUGAACCGUGAGUGCAGCUUGUUCACCGAUGACUGCCGUUACGUCAUCGUGGGCUCGGCGGCGUACCUCCCUGAGGAGCCGCAUCCGCACUUCUUCGAGGUGUACCGCAACAACGAGUCGGUCACGCCCAACCCGCGUGUGCCCCUGGAGGACUACUCGCUCCACGUCAUCGACCUGCACACGGGGCGCCUCUGCGACACGCGCACCUUCAAGUGCGACAAGAUCAUCCUUUCCCACAACCAGGGACUGUACUUGUACCGCAACAUACUGGCAGUCCUCUCUGUCCAGCAGCAGACUAUUCACGUCUUCCAGGUCACCGGUGAGGGCACCUUCCUGGACGUGCGCACCAUCGGCCGCUUUUGCUACGAGGACGACCUCCUGACACUGUCGGCCGUCUACUCGGAGGGUCCGUCGGAGGGCCAGCCGGGCUUCUCGCGCCUCUACAAGGAGAAGAGCAUCAGCUCGCUGAAGCACCGGCUUCUGGUGUACCUGUGGCGUCGGGCCGAGCAGGACGGCAGCGCCCUGGCUAAGCGGCGCUUCUUCCAGUACUUCGACCAGCUGCGGCAGCUGCGCAUGUGGAAGAUGCAGCUGCUGGACGAGCAGCACCUCUUCAUCAAGUACACCAGCGAGGAUGUGGUCACCAUGCGGGUCAGCGACCCCACUCAGCCCUCUUUCUUUGUAGUCUACAACAUGGUCUCCACGGAGGUGCUGGCAGUAUUUGAGAACACGUCAGACCAGCUGCUGGAGCUCUUUGAGAACUUCUGCGACCUGUUCCGCAACGCCACGCUGCACAGUGAGGCCGUCCAGUUCCCCUGCUCGGCCUCCAGCAACAACUACGCCCGCCAGGUGCAGCGCAGGUUUAAGGACACCAUAGUGAACGCUAAGUAUGGCGGUCACAUGGAGGCUGUUCGGCGUUUGCUGGGCCAGCUGCCCAUCAGUGCCCAGUCCUACAGCAGCAGCCCCUACCUGGACCUCUCCCUCUUCAGCUACGAUGACAAAUGGGUAUCCGUCAUGGAGCGCCCCAAAACCUGUGGAGACCACCCCAUCAGGUUCUAUGCGCGCGAUUCUGGGCUUCUGAAGUUUAAGAUCCAGGCGGGCCUGCUGGGCAGACCAGUUAGCCAUGCUGUCCGCAGACUAGUGGCCUUCACCUUUCACCCCUUCGAGCCCUUUGCCAUUUCAGUGCAGCGAACCAAUGCCGAGUAUGUGGUCAACUUUCACAUGCGCCAUGUGUGUACAUGAUACACACACACACACAGAACGUCAAACUCCAGUUUGCAGCACACAGACACAAACACACAAGCACAGCCACACACACUCACACCCUGAGCCGACAUAUACUCACACACUCUCUUCGAUAUGCUGGACUCUGCAUAUGGAGUUGGGUGGAACACUCACGUGUAGCCAUUGAAAAAAAAACGUUUUGUUUUUUGUUUGUGUGGGACCAAUAAUGUGUGGGUGUGUGUGUGUGUGUGUGAGAGCGAGAGAGAGAGCGAGCAUGUGUUAUGCUGAAAUGUGAGUUAAUCUUAUUUUGUUACAUGUUUUGUCACUGUUUUCCCCUUACACACCAAAGCCGAACUCCCACCUGUAUUAAAAAAAAGAAAUGGUAAAUAUGAAUAAAGGUUUUCAUGCUUUUUACAUA